CAUGUAGUAUUUAUGUAUAUACUAUCUAUCAUUCAAUUGUCAAUAGUUUAAUAAAUGUCAUAUAUGUUUAUUUUAUUUAUUUGAAUAAACGAAAAAGUGAAUAAAAUAUAAUCAAAUGCUUAAUAAUAAUCAUAAUCAAAUGGUUAUUCAAUUUACAUUUAUUCUUUGUUUAUCAUCAUCAUUAUCUAUAUCAUUAUUGUCUACGUUUGUUUCGAAUUCAUGUGAAGCAUAUUAUUUACCAAUGAAAUAUAAUCUUGAUCAUGAUUUAAUUGAUUAUUUAACAAAUAUUAAUGAAUUGAAAUAUUAUCCACGUCAAAUAAGAUCAUUUUACUCACGAGAAGAACUGGUUCAUUAUUUAAAUCAUAUGUUACAAGAAGAAGAAGCAUCUAUGAACAAACUGCCGAUUUCCCCUUUACGAUUUGGAUAAUGAUUUGAAUGGAAGCAAGAAUCGAAUUAAAUUUAACUUAAUGUUCAAUUAAAUGUGAAUGUUAUGAUAAAUGAAAUAAAACGAUUAUUCAUUUGG